AUGCAAUUAAAGUAUCUAAAGUCCGUCUUAAGCACUCAAGAUGGCGCUGCAAAAGUCCUUGCCCUGGCUUGGUCUCCAAACAAUGCUAAAUUAGCAGUUGUAACUACCGAUCGUGUAGUCUUACUAUUCGAUGAUACAGGGGAGAAAAGGGAUAAAUUUUCUACAAAACCAGCUGAUACAAAAGCUGGUAAAAAGAGCUAUCAAGUUAAAACCCUUGCCUUUUCUCCAGAUUCUACUAAAAUUGCAGUCGGACAAUCUGAUAGCAUUUUAUUUGUAUACAAAAUUGGCGAAGAUUGGGGAGAUAAGAAAACCAUUUGUAAUAAAUUUCUUCAGCAAAGUGCAGUCACCUGUUCCACUUGGCCUGUAGAAUCACAUUCAAUAGUUUAUGGUCUAGCUGAUGGCAAAGUACGCUUGGCCAAUACUAAAACUAACAAGUCUCAAACAAUUUACGGAACAGAUUCUUGCGUUAUUUCUUUAUGUCCAAAUAUAUCAGGUAAAGGUAUCCUUUCAGGACAUGCUGAUGGUAGUAUAGUUCGCUACUUUUUCGAUGAUGAUGGUUCUGGUGGCGCGCAGGGCCAAAUUAUUAAGCACUCUGUUCCUCCGUAUUGCUUAACUUGGGCUGCCUCUAUCAUCGUCGCUGGAUGCGAUCGCCGUAUUUACAUGUAUGGAAAUGACGGAAAAGUACAACAACAAUUUGAUUAUUCCAAAGACGAUACUGAAAAAGAAUUUACAGUCUCUGCUAGCAGCCCAAGCGGUCAGACAGUGGUGGUUGGUAGCUUUGAUCGCUUGCGCGUUUAUAAUUGGAGUCCUAGACGAGCAACUUGGGAUGAAUCCAAAGCGAAGAAUAUUACUAAUCUUUACACUAUUACUGCACUUUCGUGGAAAAAAGAUGGAUCACGUUUAGUAGCUGGCACCCUAUGUGGUGGUGUUGAGUUGUUUGAUUGUUGCUUAAGAAGAUCGGUGUAUAAGAAUAAGUUCGAAAUGACAUAUGUUGGGCCUAGUCAGGUCAUUGUUAAAAAUUUAAUAUCUGGCGCUCGUGUAGUGCUUAAAUCACAUUAUGGCUACGAGAUUGAUAAAGUGCGAAUUAUGGGAAAGGAUCGUUACCUUGUUGGUCACACAACCGAUACUCUACUCUUGGGUGAUCUUAAUACUAACAAAUUGAGUGAGGUGCCAUGGCAAGGAACUGGAGGAAAUGAAAAAUUCUUUUUCGAGAAUGAAAAUGUAUGCAUGAUAUUUAAUGCUGGAGAACUGUCUCUUGUCGAAUACGGUGAAAAUGAAAUCUUAGGAAUGGUUAGAACAGAGUUUAUGAAUCCUCACUUAAUUAGUGUUCGUAUUAAUGAGCGAAAGCUAAGAAAUAUCAAUGACAAUAAGAAACUGGCUUACCUUAUCGAUUUAAAAACUAUUUCAAUUGUUGACCUAGUCAUGGGAUUUACUUUAGCAACUGUAAAUCACGACUCUAAGAUUGAUUGGCUAGAGAUGAAUGAAACUUGCCGUAAGCUGUUAUUUCGGGACAAAAAAUUGAGACUGAAUUUGUACGAUAUCGCAAGCCAAAAUAGAGCAACCAUCUUAAACUACUGCACAUAUGUACAGUGGGUUCCGCUGAGUGAUGUUGUUGUAGCUCAAAAUCGGAAUAAUUUAUGUGUAUGGUACAAUAUUGAUGCUCAUGAACGCGUUACAAUGUUUCCCAUGAAGGGAGAUAUUGUUGACCUAGAAAGAAAUAAUGGAAAAACUGAUGUAAUGGUCAGUGAAGGUGUAUCAACUGUAGCUUACACAUUAGACGAAGGGUUAAUUGAAUUUGCUACUGCUCUUGAUGAUGGAGACUAUACUAGAGCUGUUGCCUACUUGGAAACACUCGAAAUGUCGACUGAGUCAGAAGCAAUGUGGAAACAACUAAGCACAGUUGCAUUAUCCGCUAGAGAAUUACUCAUUGCAGAAAGAUGUUUUACUGCAUUAGGCGACGUUUCAAAGGCCCGAUACCUUCGAUCAGUUAAUGAAUUAAGUGAUCGAUUAAAGGAAGAAGUGGGAGGCGAUGGGACUGAUCAUUCACUUGUUAAAGCUAAAUUAGCUGUUCUUGAGAAAGAUUUCAAGCUAGCUGAAACCUUUUAUUUGGAGCAGGGCCUAGUUGACGAAGCUAUUGAUAUGUACCAAGAGCUGCACAAAUGGGAAGAUAGUAUUGCCGUUGCUGAGAUGAAAAAUCAUACUGAAACAGAUAAUUUACGUAGAAGUUAUUACCAGUGGUUAAUCGAUACAAAUCAAGAAGAGAAAGCUGCUGAGGUUAAAGAACAAGAGGGUAAUUACAUUGCCGCAGUUAACAUGUUUAUGAAAUCAGGAUUACCAGCCAAAGCCGCUCAUGUCGCCAUCAGUCAUUCAGAAUUGUCCUCCCAGUCAGAUAUUAUGGAUAGGAUCGCUUCUGCACUGUUGAGUGAUGGUCUAUUUGAAAAGGCUGGUGAAUUAUAUGAGAAAACCAGACAAAAUCAAAGAGCCCUUGAGGCCUAUCGUAAAGGAAGAGCUUACCGUCGCGCUGUGGAGUUAACGCGUAUAUCAUUCCCGGCUGAAGUAACAAAACUAGAAGAGGAAUGGGGUGAUUAUUUGGUAUCUCAAAAACAGCUUGACGCAGCUAUUAAUCAUUAUAUUGAAGCUGGUUGUGCUGUAAAGGCUAUUGAAGCGGCUAUCCACUCCCGUCAAUGGAAUAAAGUUGUACAAAUUGUCGAUCUUCAAGAUCAAUCGAUAGCGAAAAAAUAUUAUAAGCAAAUUGCGACUCAUUUUGCCAACAAGAAAGAUUAUAAGAUGGCCGAAGAGUACUAUAUUCGAGGUGAAAACUAUCGUGAAGCCAUUGAUAUGUAUAGCCGCGCUAAUCUAUGGAAGCAAUCACAUGAACUUGCUAGGAAGUACAUGAAAGGCAAGGAGGCAGCCAAUUUCUACAUAAGUCAAGCCGAUGAAUUAAAGACUCAAGGGAAAUUUAAAGAAGCAGAAAAGUUAUAUAUUACUAUUAAUGAACAAGAUUUGGCAAUUAGUAUGUAUAAGGAACAACAUCAAUACGAUGAUAUGGUCCGAUUGGUGGAAAUUUAUCACCCGGAUCUACUUCAUGAGACCCACAUUCAUUUGGCUAAAGAAUUGAUAAAUGGUAAUCAGUUUAGACAAGCUGAGCACCAUUUCCUUGAAGCUAAUGAUUGGAAAUCCGCUGUUAACAUGUAUCGCUCUAAGGAUAUGUGGGAAGAUGCCUAUAGGGUGGCUAAACAAUACGGUAGUCAAAAUGCAUAUAAACAAGUAGCCUACUUAUGGGCAAAGAGCAUGGGUGGAGAUUCAGCUGUAAAAUUGCUAUCAAAAUUUGGCUUAUUAGAAGCUGCUAUUGACUUUGCAACGGAGAGCAGCGCAUUUAGUUUUGCUUUUGACUUGGCUAAAACUGCCAUGACGAAUAAAUUACCGGAUAUUUAUUUCAAACGAGCUAUGCAUCUUGAAGAUGAGGGCAAAUUUGCUGAAGCUGAAGCUGAAUUCAUUAAAGCAAACAAAGCAAAAGAAGCAGUCCUGAUGUACGUCCACAACCAGGAUUGGGAUAGUGCCCAGCGUGUUGCUGAACAACACGAUCCAGAUAGCUUAAGCGAUGUCAUGAUUGGGCAAGCAAGGGUUGCAUUUGAACGCAAAGAAUUUCAACGUGCAGAAACUUUCCUUUUACGUGCUCAGCGGCCGGAAUUGGCAAUAAAAUAUUAUAAGGACGCUGGUAUGUGGAACGAUGCAUUAAGGGUGGCUAAAGAAUAUAUACCAAGCAAGUUACAAGCUCUACAAGAUGAAUACGAUCGAGAUGUAUUAUCCAAUAGUGACCGUGGCAUUACAGCAAUCGUCAAUCAGGCUAAAGAAUGGGAAAUGUCUGGAGAAUAUUCACGAGCAAUUGAUUGUUACUUAAAAAUUAAAGCAGAUCAGGAUGUUGACACAAAGUCACUAGAAAAAUGUUGGCAACGGGCCGUAGAAAUUUCUAUAAAAUUUGUACCUGAUCGUACCGUCGAUGUUGCAAGUAUCGUCUGCCGCCGGUUAGCUGAGAUUGAAUGCUAUUUGUCGGCUGCUGAUAUCUACACUAUCGUGGAUAUGUUUAAAGAAGCUAUCGAAAUGUAUAUUAAAUCUAGUGCAUGGGAUAAAGCUAAGCAAGUUGCAGCUGACAUGGCACCAAAAUAUAAACCUUACGUUGAUAAAAUGUACUCGGAAUACUUGAAAAAACAAGGAAAAGCAAUCGAGAUGUUGAAUGUCGAUGUCAUUGCCGGUCUUGAUAUGCUUGCACAACGUGGUGAAUGGGAAAAAUGUAUUGAAAAUGCUAAGCAACAAGGUCCGGAUGUAUUGUCGAAAUAUAUUGCUCGAUUUGCCGCAUCAUUGAUUAAAGAAGGAAAUACUGAACGUGCUAUGGAAUUGUUUGUCAAAUAUGGGGCUCCUGCAAAUAAAGCUAAUUUUAAUAUCUAUCGCCGUAUUUGUUCCGACCUUUUCUCUCGUAACGACCUUCUGGAUGCGUCGUCAUAUCGUAUUUGGGCAGAUCUUAGAAGCAUGUUACAAAAUCUGAUACACAACAUGCUAAAGGUUGCCAAAGAGGAUAAUCCCGUAGUUAAGGAAUUUCAAAUUCUACUGCAAAUAGCUCAUUAUUACAGUAUGAGAGCUGCUUGUCUGACUCAGAAAUCUUUGGCAACAAUUGUAGCUAAAACAUCUAUCAGUCUACUUCGUCAUUCGGAUAUAAUACCAGCCGAUAAAGCAUUUUAUGAAGCUGGAACUUAUGCUAAGGCGGUCGGCUGGUCGAGUUUAGCAUUCGUUUUCUUAAAUCGGUAUUUGGACUUGACCGAGGCAAUUGAAGAAGGUUCAGCAGAUGCACUUGAUGCGAGUGAAUUUGCAGGGACAGAUAUACCAGUUGAAGUACCACUACCGGAACAGCAGCAUCUAUCAGAAGCAAAACGUGAAGAGAUUAAGGAAUGGGUACUAUCGGUAUCACUAGAUCAACGUGUUGAACAAGAGCUAACAACCGAUAGCCGUGGGGUUUAUGAAGCAACUUUAAUUGACCCAAACACGGAAGAAGUUUACCUACCAUGUGUUAUAACAGGCUAUCCUGUGUUACAAAAUAAAAUUGAUUUUAAGAAACCUGGUAAAGCCGCAAACAAAGAUGAUUGGAAUAAAUUUGUUACAUCAGCCAAGCUUCCGUAUAACACUGAAUGCCAAAAUGUUCGACAAUUCCUCCAGGAAUGGUGUGGAGCUCCACAAAACUCUUCUUAUUCUUUCGAUUAA